CAGAGAAUGAAGAAAAAGAAAGUAGUGAGAAAACAUUCAACUGUUGAGGGAAGUAAUGCAAAAAAUGAUGUUGAUAUUUUGGGAACUUCAAGGAAAAUAAAAUUAGAUAAUCAGGAAAGAGCCACGAACUUGCAAUAUGGCAAGUUGAGCAAUGGUCACGAGCACUUUAUAACUGGAGAAACAGCUACAAAAUGGCAAAAAGAAAUCUUCUGAAUCACGGAAAAAGAAAGAGAAAAACCAGUGAUGUAUUUUCUACACCAGUUCCAACAUGCAAGAGAUCACCUUUUGGUAAGAACACUCGUAGGCAGUCUUGUUCGAGGAAUUCUGUUAAGGGCCUUGGCAAAGCUUCAAGAGCAAGUUCAAAUAGCAUUGGAAUUUCCUCCAUGCAAUCUCUUGAAAUGGCUGAAGUGCUCCAGGAUUGGUCAGAAGUAAAAUUAUCCAAGGAGAAAAGCAAGGUAGAGCCCACAGAGUCAGACUUUUUGCUAUCACUAUUGCCAAUAACUAAAAGCUCGUCAAGACGUAAAAAAGAAAGGCAUUGUGCGACAUUUGAAUGACAUGGGUUAUUCAGAAACUCUCAGCCAUGAGCCAGAGGAGUCCUCUUUGCUGGUAGAAAAUGAUGAAAGGAACUCGGUUGGUAAUUUCAAGAGCCCCAUGGGUGCUAACAAAAAGCGUAAAAGACGAAGUAUUGCCAGAUUGGCAAAGUGUUCAACAAAGAGAUCUGAAAAACACGACUUGGAAUUGGUUGGAUGCAGAUUUAAAGUUUGGUGGCCAAUAGAUAAACAGUUUUAUGAAGGUGUUGUGCAAUCUUAUAACCCAGGAAAGAAGAAACGUGUGAUACUAUAUGACGAUGGAGAUGUGGAAGUUCUCCAGUUAGAUAAGGAGCAGUGGGAGGUUAUUAGUGAAGGUUCUGAGCCUAACAAGCUACUUAAAUCAUCGAAUGUUUCCCCAUCCAAAGGAAUGUCAGCCAAGGAGGAAAAAAGUAGGACGCAUGGUGCCUCAAGACGAAAUAAGAAUCCUUAUAAGAAAUUCAGGAGGAAAACAACUAUAAAGAAAAAUGUAAAGAAUAGCCAUUUUGGAAUGUCAGAAACCAACAUUGGUGCUAAUGCUAGCAAUUACGCUGAAGGAAGAGCUAAACCACCACCACUUUAA